UAAAGUGCUUUUACCUAGUUGGACAUGUUGCUUGUACUAUUGUUUUAUAUCUGCGCAUGUUCUGCGGAUCAGGAGUAUGACUAUAGUUCGGCUGUCGAUUCCCUGCUGGAACUGAUACCGUUACAGCGCUACCAUUACGGGAAUUUGUCUGCAUUUGCGGACAAAGUGGAGGCAAAAUUGAGCACACUUCGGCGUGCACUCUCCGAGAUGCGCCCUGUGCUGCAGGCAGCCGAGACCCAGCAGGAGCUCUUUGUGGGCAAUCCGCUGCGCGCUUAUUCCCUUCUCAGGCAGCUGCACCACGACUGGCCCAAUUGGUUGGAUUUUGUGGAGGAACCUGUUGGCGCGGAGGAGAUUAAGCACUUUCGCUCGCUGGAGCUGAUGCUGCCCAACCAAACGGACAUGGCCAAUGCAGUUAUUGGGCUGGAACAGAUCCGGGAUAUGUAUGGGCAGACGGAGCGAGAUUUGGCCUCUGGGCUGCUUCAUGGAAAGCAGCACAACAUCCAACUGUCAGCCUUGGACUGCUGGAGCCUGGGCAGACACUACUUUCACCGAAAGCGCUAUGUGGAGGCGACUGUUUGGCUGGGGCUGACCACGGAUCGAUUCAAUGUCAGUGAGGAGGAUGUAUACGCCGUUCAGAGCUUCCAUCGUGUAGAGUUGUGUCAACUGCAGGCGGCAUCCCUGAUGCGACAGAAUCGCAACGAGGACGCCUUGGCUGCCAUUAACGCAGCUCUGGAAAUUCUCCCUUGGGACAUGCGCCUGCAGAGCCUGCGUUCACGGCUGCAGAACCGCUGGCUCGUGCGGCCCCGCCUGGAGUUCGCAGAGGAACCGCGGCCGCCAGCCGACGAUGUGCAGCUCUUCCAGGGCAUGCUCAGCCUCGAGCGGGAAUUGCUGCAGAAUCUGCGAGACUAUGCCUUGAAGCUGAGGGAAAAGAUCAGCGUCAUCAAUGGCGCUCUGAGGGAGUACCACGAAGAGAUCGAGGAGGCCAAUGAGGACCCGGAGCUGUAUGUAUCGAAUCCGCUGAAUGCCUUCCGGCUGAUACGCCACAUGCAUCAGGAUUGGAUCAGCUGGCAGGUGUACAUGGAGCAGCAGGUAGGCCCCGAGCAAGUGGCCAAGCUGGAGGGCAUGCUGCCGCAGCUGCCACAGCACCAGGACUUCCAGGAGGCAGCCCAAACGCUGCACAGCCUCACCGAGUUCUACGGUUACGAUCCUUCCAUUUUGGUGGCUCAAAAGGAGCUCGACAGCCAGCUCUAUCUUUCCCCCCUGGACUGCUACCACAUGGGUUUGGAGAUGUAUCAGCAGGAGAACUACCACGAGGCACUCAAGUGGUUUACUGUGGCAGCCGAAAACUUUACCUCGUCGCCCUACAACGAUCUCUACAGCGUGCUGGGCGCGUCACGCUCGCAGGUGUAUCGUAUGCAGGCCAGAACCUACCAGAAACUCAACCGAGAAGAGGUGUACAAUGCCUACCAGAAUGCCAUAAUCCUGGAUGAGUUCAACGUGCAGCUGCUGCAGGAAAUCGGCACCAUAGAGCUGCUCAGCCUGCGCGAUCCCAUGGAGCCCAUUUUGGAGCCGGUGACCACGCCCAGUCCCCUGCAGCAGCAGUGCCGGGAAAGCGUUGUCGAGCUGUCCGCUAUCUGUGCGCACAAUGCGAUGGUGUCCGCCUUCCUGUUGCUGGCCCCGCUCCGCUACGAGGAGGUGCUGCUCUCACCCUACAUUGUGCUCUACCGGGAUGCCGUCUACGAGUCAGAGGUCACACACAUCCGAAACGCAUUCAAUUAUUGUCCUCCGGAAGUCAAGUUCUCGAUGGAUGGUGGAGUCAGCGGCUGCUCUAUCCCGGAUGAGUACAGUCCGGUGAUGCAGCGCCUGCAGGAGCGGGUGCUGGACAUGACGGGCUCCUUCAAUCUCGCGCACAACUUUCAUGUGUUAGAGUAUGCACAGACAGAGCCGUUUCGUCUGUUUCAGCUGUUCAAGGAGUCUCCCAGAUUUUCCGGCCUGAACUUUAACGAGAUCGAGGGUACAGCCAUCGUCUUUCUGAAUGAUGUGGAGGUGGGCGGCGCCAUCACCAUACCACACCAUCCAAUGUUCGUGCAGCCGAGGCAAGGUGACGCCCUGAUCUCGUUCCACGACGGCGACUUUGAGCACACCAUUUGCCCCCAUGUGGUGGGCACUGGAUUGGUCAUGGUGAAGUUUCUCUACGCGGAAACGGAAGAGUGAGCAAAGCGGUUCUCCCAUUACCAAUCUCAUUUCCACUCGACGUGGUCUGGAGCAGAGUCGCAGCCCAAAGACAUUUUACUCUCAUGAAUAAAGUUUGCCGUCACACCCUAA